GACAAGCUAAUGACGAAGUGGAAGAAGGAGAAAGGAUCACUGGAGGAGCACAUCGACGCGGCGCUCCUUGCUGUGUGUAGCACAGACCGUCUCAGAGCCUACGUGCUCUCCCCCCCCAAGAUGAUGCGACUCUGUUCUGGCAUCAGAGCGCACUACGAGGACGAGAUAGGUUUGGUGUUGCUGCAGCAGUACUCGGGCAAAAAGAAGAGCAACGUGGACAAGGUCUUUCAGGCUCUCUGCAGGAAGGCCAUUCCGGCGUGUACCAGAGGUAUAAAACCCAUGUCCGUCGCUAGAAAGGAAAAAAUGGAGAAAGCAGCCGAAGAAAAGAAAUUAAAGGAGCAAACUGAGAAGAGAGAGGGAGAAACAACGCAAGAUAUGAACAAGUCAUCGUCUCACCACAACAAAAAAGAUGAAUUAUGAAGGUUGUUUGUUGUCUGAAGUAACCUAAGUCCAUAUGUUGACGAUAAUGAUUUUAUAUAUAAUCAUUUAUGAUGUUAUUUAUCUUUUAAUAAAAUUAUA